UUAAAAACGAGUGCGUGUGUUUUAGUCAGACACACCAUCCAGCGAAUCGCAGAUAGACGCAAAGACUUGCUCAUCUCUCGAAGCUCUUGUGAAAAGGGAAAGACUACCUGACAAAAAUGGACCCCUGCGAAUGCUCCAAGACUGGGACUUGCAACUGCGGUACCACCUGCAAGUGUACCAACUGCACGUGUACCUCCUGCAAGAAGAGCUGCUGCGACUGCUGUCCAUCCGGAUGCAGCAAGUGCGCAUCGGGCUGCGUGUGCAAGGGCAAAGCCUGUGACGCCAACUGCUGUCAGUGAACCGGAUCAGAAGACCACCGCCUGUGAAUUCCCGAACUUCUCCAAUGUGAUCGUCCAUCGGCUUGUGUUUUGCUCUUGACUCCAAUUUUGUUUUUGUAUUUCGAUGGUGUACCUGUUCAACUUGUAUUUUUACAUAUAUGUUUAAUAAAUGAGACCAUAACUAUCAA